AGCGAAGCGUCUGUUUUAGGGGCAAAAAAUUUCCUAAUUCUACUUUGUCUCUCAAUAAAAUUCUCAAACCCUAGAUUUCCUUCUUCCUCGAUUUCCACGGCGAAACCUCUCCCUUUUCUCUAAUUCGGAUCAUCGGGGGGAUAAUGCGGGAUAAGGAUCCGGUGCCGGAGGAGUUCCGCUGCAAGCGGACGGACGGCCGUCAGUGGCGAUGCAAGCGGCGGGCGAUGGACGGGAAGACGCUCUGCGAUAUUCACUAUUUGCAAGGGAAGCACCGCCAGAACAAGCAGAAAGUGCCGGACUCGCUCAAGCUGGAGAGGAAUGCGGGGAAGAAGAGGGAGGACAGUAACGGGGAAUGCAGCCGCAGGGUUACGAAAUUGUCCAACAAGCCGCGGGUGGCGGCGGAGAGGAGCCGGAGAAGGGGCGUGUCGGAGGCGUUGGAUGAGACUUUGAAGCGGAUGAAGUUGAAGAGAGGCGACUUGCAGUUGGAAUUGAUCAGAGUGUUUCUGCAGAGAGAGGUGCAGAAGAAGAAGGAGCGGGAGCUCAAGGAGAGCUCCGUAGCGGAUGAAACCAGAGUGUUGCCUUAUGGAGUCAUGGCGAUUUCUCAUUCUCAUACGAGUCUGCCAAGCAUUCGGGAGAAUCAUAGUUUGGAUGUGAAAAUAGGAGAUGAUUCUAAUACGUUGCUGGAGAGGCAUUUUCGCUCGAAAAAUAUUGAACCUUUACCGUUUAGUACAAUGCAGGUGUUUCCAUUGACGGGGAAUGUGAAGGCCAAGAAAAUCAAGAAAUGCCACUGGUGCAGGGGAAGUAAAGGUCGCUGCUUGAUCAAGUGUUUGACUUGCAGGAAACGGUUCUUCUGCCUUGAUUGUAUUAAAGAGAGGCAUAUUGAGAAGCAAGAAGUGAAGGCAGAAUGUCCUGCCUGUCGUGGAAUUUGUGGCUGUAAGCUCUGCUUGAAACAGAAAAUCAGGCCUAAUACUAAUAAGGAAUCUUAUGGAGGUGGAAGGAAGUUGCAUAGGAAAGAAUUGCUUCUUUAUUUGAUCCACAUGCUUUUUCCAGUGCUGAAAAAAGUCAAUAAUGAUCAGAUCAUUGAGCUUGAAACAGAAUCUAAGGCUGCAGGAAAAGAAGAAUCUGAAAUUCCGAUUCCACAGACGAAGCUUGGUAUUAGUGCGUCAUUCUGCUGCAACAAAUGCAAUGCAUCAAUUGUCGACUACCACAGGACUUGUUCAAAGUGCUCAUACAAACUUUGCUUAAGUUGUAGCCGGGAGCUUUCUGAACGUAGUUUAUCUGGAAGUUGUACGCUCAGAAGUUGUAAGAAGAGGAAAAUCCUUUCGUCUGGUGAUGACCUAAAAGUUAAGCAGACUAUAUCAAGGCGUAACUCUGGCGGGCCACUCAGUCAGUCCAUGAUCUCCUUUCAAAACUGGGAAACUAGCGAAGAUGGUAGUAUCCCGUGUCCUCCUACAGAUAUUGGAGGUUGUGGUGACAGCCUUCUUGAUCUUAGAAGUAUAUUUCCAUUUAAUUGGGUUAGAGAUCUCGAAGUUAAAGCUGAAGAAACACUGGAUAGCCAUCACUUUCAGACUGCAGAUGCUUCUGUGUGCUGUUCGCUGUGCAAUGACUCUGGUAGAAACGAUGGCAUUGGUGAGCCCAAGCUGCAGAAAGAGCCAUCUAAGAGAAUAGGCUUUAACAACAACUAUCUGUAUAGUCCAACUGUAAAGGAUCUUCAUCAAGAGACCCUUGAGCAUUUCCAGAAUCACUGGGGUAAGGGUCACCCUGUUGUAGUCCGAAAUGUGCUUAGGAGUAAUACAAGCUUGUGUUGGGAUCCAAUUAUCAUGUUUUCUUUGUAUAUGGAGAAGAAGAGCUCAGGCUCUUGUCAUGAAGGUGGCAUGAAUGCGGCAAACUGUUUGGAUUGGUGUGAGGUGGAAAUUGAUCGGAAGCGUAUAUUUAUGGGAUCUCUAGAGAAGAGAACACAUGCAAGCGUACAGCAGAGAUUUCUAAAGUUCAAAGCAUGGCUUUCUUCUCAUCUGUUUCAAAAGCAUUUCCCUCUCCAUUACAAUGAGAUUUUAAGUUCUUUACCUCUUCCAGAGUAUGUCAAUCCAGUGUCUGGCCUAUUGAAUGUCAGCGUGAAGUUGCCAAAGGAAUUGUCAAAGCAUGACUUAGGUCCUUGUAUCUAUUUUUCAUAUGGAGGUCCAGAAGAACUUAUGCCGGCUGAUUAUUUGUCAAGACUAUGCUAUGAAUCACAUGAUACGGUAAAUAUUCUAGCUUAUGCUACGGAUGCUCCUGUGUCCCCAGAACAGAUUGAUAAAAUUGAGAGUAUGAUGAAAAAAUACAAGGCUCGAGACCACCAUCGUGGACAGUCAUUUAGUAACUCCAGCGAUCAGAAAGGAAAAUCAUCUUUGCAGAGUGAAGACACUGGUGAAUCAGGUUUGCAGGACAUUGGUGAAAAGAUCGUACCGCCUGAUGGAAUUGAAAAUGUACCCUUUUACUCCAGCGAGCCACUUAAAGGUCAGGCACCACGAGUUGAAAAUGGAAACAUGUCUGAUGACAGUGAAUAUGACGAUGAUGCAUCAAUUCUUUGUUGUGGAAGUUUUGAAAACUCUGAAGACAUUGAUGAGAAUUUUGAAGAGGAAGAUAUAGAAAGCUCUUGUUCAAGUGAAGAUAAGCAAGGCACUGAUUGUUGUGGUGCCCAAUGGGACAUCUUUCCCCGACAAGAUGUACCUAAACUUUUGGAGUACCUUGGUAAACAUUCAAAUGAGCUAUACCCUGCAUGCCACUAUCCGAAACAUGUUCAUCCUGUUCUUGAUCAGAACUUCUUCCUUGAUGCAUAUCAUAAAUUGAGACUUAAAGAGGAGUAUGAUAUUCAACCAUGGACUUUUGAUCAAUGUCCUGGAGAAGCUGUCUUCAUUCCUGCUGGAUGUCCUUAUCAAGUUAGAAAGAUCAAGUCAUGUGUAAAUAUCGUGGUGGACUUCAUCUCACCUGAAAAUGCUGCUCAUUGCAUUCAAGUGAAUGAUGAGAUUCGUCUUCUUCCUACCCGACACAAAGCCAAAAGAAAAGUGAUGGGGGUGGAGAAAAUGGCUCUCCACAGUAUUAGUGCUGCCAUUGAAGAUUUGUGCAACCAUGCUGCGGACCAAUUAAAAUAAGCCUAGUCUUGUAGACAUCAGCAUGUGACGCCUGCCAAAAUUUACCCUGCUGAACUGAAUAAAACCUCCGUAUCUCGACCAAGAGGCAGAUUGAUGUAGAUGUUAUUCCAAUAGUCCUGGCCUUAUGCAUGUCGUUCAAGUCCAUCGGUUCGAAGAUGCACAGAAUAGAACACCAAUUCAAUCAAUUUUUUAUUCUUUAAAUGUGUUCUAGAAAAUUGAGGUACAUAAAUAAUUUUACCAUGUAGAUUUAACUCAUUUCAUUCAGAUUAGUUGUUAGGUAUUCGAUCUGUGCUACAUUCUUGUAAACUGAGUAUUUAGAUAAAUACGGAUGAAACUAAUCAAAUUGUGCUACAUUCUUAAA